AUGACAAGGCCAACAACCACUAGUCUACGGAGUACGGAGCACAACAAAAUGACCGGAUGCCAACAUAUAUGGGGGCGGUCUGAAGGAUUGUUGGGCUACAAACGCGCAGAUGCCCGCUUUGCCCAGCACUCAGGUAUCGCGAGGACAGUCACAAGCGGCCAGCAAAGGCACCAGACAGCCUGGGAUAGUCACAGCAGAUGCCAGAAGAGGAAAUCGGCGCGCGAACUCAGAGCGCCUGGGAUGGGAGAUCAGAAAAGGCAAAGCCAUGCUGACGUUGUUGGCUGA